AUGUCCGACUACGAAGAUGAAAUGGACGUGGAUGCGCCCAAGGAUGUGCAGUUCAGUUCCGACAACGCCAGUGGAAAAAAGAGAACCGUCGCAGAUUUGCCGAUUCAAGCUCAAGAUAACCUUCCCUGGGUAGAGAAGUAUCGACCAAACACCCUGGACGAUGUGUCCGGCCAUCAAGACAUCCUCGCUACCAUCAAUCGAUUCGUGGAUACGAAUCGGCUGCCCCAUCUCCUGCUCUAUGGCCCUCCCGGAACUGGAAAGACCUCUACUAUUCUCGCCCUGGCGAGACGAAUCUAUGGCACCAAGAACAUGCGACAGAUGGUGUUGGAAUUGAACGCCAGUGAUGACCGUGGUAUCGAUGUGGUUCGAGAGCAGAUCAAGACCUUUGCAAGCACAAAACAAAUCUUCUCCAUGGCACCCCAGGCCUCCGGCGGACAAAAUCUCGCAGGAUACAAGCUGAUUAUUCUGGAUGAGGCGGACGCUAUGACUUCCACCGCCCAAAUGGCUCUCCGUCGCAUUAUGGAACGCUACACGGCGAACACUCGGUUCUGCAUCAUUGCCAACUACACACAUAAGCUGUCCCCUGCGCUUCUUUCACGAUGUACUCGAUUCCGUUUCAGUCCUCUCAAGGAGGCAGAUAUUCGAGUUCUAGUGGAUCAAGUGAUUGAGAAGGAGGGUGUCAAAAUACAACCCGAUGCGGUUGACAGUUUAGUAACCCUGAGCAAGGGUGACAUGCGACGGGCACUGAACGUGCUUCAAGCCUGCUUUGCUAGCAGUAUUCCUCUCCCUAUGAGAGACGCGCCACAGGCACCUCGCCCCGAACCCGAGAUUGUCACCAACGCAACAAUUUAUGACUGCAUUGCCGCUCCCCACCCGGCAGAUAUCCAACAAAUCAUGACCACUAUCCUGUCCACCAGCGACGUUACCUCUUGCCUCAACACCGUACAAACCCUCAAGGCUACCAAGGGUCUCGCUCUAGCCGAUAUCUUAUCGGCCCUCGCGGCCCAACUCCAGCAGCUCGAAGUACCUGCGCAAACCCGUAUCACCUGGCUCGAAGGUCUGGGUGAGAUCGAAUGGCGUCUUUCCGGGGGUGGCUCGGAGGCAAUCCAAACCGGAGGACUAGUCGGAGUUGUGCGAAAUGGGUGUGAAUUAAUGGGCGACCAAGGCGUUGUCCUGGCAUAG